CUGUUCUGGCCCCCUGGCGCUGGUUCGGGAUUGGGGUGACGGGAAUAAAAAAUCACGAAAGGAGGCGCGGUCCCUGAGCUACAGAGGUUCGGCGACACUGCCCGGGGUGCCCCGGGCCAGGAACGGAAGAAGGGCCGCUGAUCCCGGGUCACCCCUCCUCUCCUGUGCUCUCCGCCCCGCUCCGCCCAAAGACUCCUAUGGCGGCGGCGGCUGCGCUGAGGGACCCGCCUCAGGAUAGUAUGACCUUUGAAGACAUUGCCGUGUACUUUUCCUGGGAGGAAUGGAGGCUCCUUGAUGAGGUUCAGAGGCACUUGUACCACGAUGUGAUGCUGGAAAACUUUGCACUUCUAUCCUCAGUGGGUUGCUGCUGUGGAGCAGAGGGUGCAGAAGCACCCUUUCAACGAAGUGGUUCCAUAGGCAUGUCACAGGCCAGGAUUCCUAAGGCAGCAUCAUUUUCCCAGAAGAACCACCCCUGUGAGAAGUGUAGUCUGGUCUUGAGAGGUAUUUUUCACUUGACUGAGCAUGAAGAAACACAACACAGCCAAAAUGUGUUCGGGUGUAGAAUAUGUGUGAAACGAUUUCAUUUUGGUGAACACCUCCAAAAACACCAGAAGCAGCACAUGGAAGAGAAAUCCUUCCUAAACGAUGUAGACAGGGCCUUGUUUGUGAAGAGCUGCAAAUUCCACAUGUCAGGAAAGCCCUUUGCUUGUGAGAAAGUUAAGAAAGACUUUCUGGCCAGCUUGGGACAUCUCCAGCAACAGACCACUCACACCAGGGAGAAGCCAAACAAUAGUGCCCAGUGUGAGCCAACUUUACAAAGCAGAGAAAGUCAUUACAGCCGGGGAGAAUGCAAGAAAGGCCUCAGCCCCAAACAUGCACUUGUUCAGGACCAGGGUGUCCACACUGGAAGACAUUGUUUUGUGUGCAGUGAAUGUGGGAAAACAUUUAGGUACAAAUCCUCAUUUGUUGUGCACCAGAGAGUACAUACCCGAGAAAGUCUUCAUAUGUGUUGUAAACCUGGAAAACCUUUCAGGCGAAUCUCAACCCUCAAUGUGCAUCAAAGAAUUCAUGCUGGGGCAAGGCAAUACAAAUGCAGCAAAUGUGGGAAAUCCUUUAAGCAAACCUUUGUCCUCAUUUAUCCCUGGAGAAGUCACAUUGGAGAAAAUUGUUAUUUGUGCACUGAAUGUGCACAAUCUUUUCACCAUAGAUCCAUCCUAGUUCGAGAAUGGACAGUUCACAAUGGAAAAAGGCGUUAUGAGUGUACUCAGUGUGGGUUAUCUUUUAGACGAAAAUUUUACCUCAUUGGACACUGGAGAGUUCACAUAGGAGAGAGGCCUUACGUUUGCAGUGAAUGUAGGAAAUCUUUUACCAAUAGCUCCGUGCUCAUCCUACACCAGCGAGUACAUAGAGGGGAAAGGCCUUUUACAUGCCGUGAAUGUGGGAAGUCUUUUACCCAGAGCUCCAUACUCAUUCUCCACCAGAGAGUUCACACAGGAAAAAGGCCUUUUGAGUGCAGUGAGUGUUGGAAAUCUUUUAGCCAUCAAUCUUACCUCACUCAACACUGGAAGGUUCAUAGUGGAAAAAGGCUUUAUGCAUGUAGUGAAUGCGGGAAAUCUUAUGUGUCUCGCCGUGGCCUCCAUUAUCAUCAGAGGGUUCACACUGGAUCAAGGCUUUAUGCAUGUAGUGAAUGUGGGAAGUCUUUUACCUCUCGUCCUGGCUUCUAUUAUCAUCAGAGAGUUCACAGUGGAUCAAGGCCUUAUGAAUGUAGUGAAUGUGGUAAGUCUUUUACCUCUCGCUCUGGCCUUUGUUAUCAUCAGAGAGUUCAUACAGGGGAAAGGCCUUAUGAGUGCAUUGAGUGCAGAAAAUCUUUUACCUCCCCCUCUGCCCUGCGUCAUCAUCGGAAGACUCAUGCUGGAGAUAAGCCUUAUGAAUGCACUGUAUGUGGGAAACAUUUUUCCUCUGGUUCCACUCUCCGUUAUCAUCAGAGAGUUCACACAGGGGAAAGGCCUUACAUGUGCAGUGAAUGUGGGAAAUCUUUUUCCUCUAAUUCCAACCUCAGUAAUCAUCAGAGAAUUCACACAGGAGAAAGGCCUUAUGUGUGCUGUGAAUGUGGGAAAUCUUUCAUCCAAAGAUGUCACUUUCUUAUACACCAGAGAGUUCACACGGGAGAAAGGCCUUAUGUGUGCCGUGAAUGUGGGAAAUCUUUUUUCUCUAGUUGCAACCUCAUUAAACAUCAGAGAAUUCACACAGGAGAAAGGCCUUAUGUGUGCAGUGAAUGUGGGAAAUCCUUUCUCCAAAGGUGUUACCUUCUUAUACACCAAAGAGUUCACACAGGAGUAAAGCCUUAUAAGUGUAACGAAUGUGGGAAAUCUUUUACCACAAGGAGGAACCUUCGUUAUCAUCAGGGAGUUCAUACUGGAGAACGGCCUUAUGAGUGUGCUGAAUGUGGGAAAUCCUUUAAUAGAGAGUCUUCUCUCAUUGAACACUGUAGAGUUCACACUGGAGAAAAGCCUUAUAAAUGCAGUGAAUGUGGGAAAUGUUUUUCAUCUAGGUAUGGUUUCCGUUAUCAUCAGAGAGUUCACACAGGAUCGAGGCCAUAUGAGUGCAGUGAAUGUGGGAAAUCUUUUAUCUGUAGUUCCAUUCUUCGUGAACAUCAGAGAAUUCACACAAACAAAAGGCCUUACGAAUGCACUGAAUGUGGGAAGUCUUUUAGAGCAAAUUCUUAUCUCAUUGAACACUGUAGAAUUCAUACUGGAGAAAAGCCUUAUAAGUGCAGUGAAUGUGGGAAAUCUUUUUCUUCUAGGUCCGGCCUCCGUUAUCAUCAGAGAGUUCACACAGGGUCAAGGCCAUAUGAGUGUAGUGAAUGUGGGAAGUCUUUUUCGUCUAGGUCUGGUUUCCGUUACCAUCAGAAGGUUCACACAGGAUUGAGGUCAUAUGAAGGUAGUGAAUGUGGGAAAACUUUUCCCAAGAGCUCUGAACUCCUUCAACAUCAGUGUUCACAGAGGUGAAAGGCGUUAUUUGUGUUGUGAAUAUGGGAAAUCCUUUGCCUGUAGUUCUACCGUUUAUUCAUAUUGGAGACUUUACCAGAAAAGCCUUAUUCAUGCUGGGAAUUUCAGAAAUUCUUUGCUAAAGAAUUAACCCCAUGGGCCU